UUAGAAGUUUUCUGUAUCGCGUGAUGGAGUAGCUCUGUCUAAAAAUCCAGCAUGGCUGCAAAUUUUGCAAAAAUUCAGGGUCUGGUUAGCCUUGUAACAGGUGGUGCAUCAGGUCUUGGCCGGGCAACGGUAGAGCGCUUUGUCAAGCAGGGAUCCAGAGUGAUUGUUUGUGACUUACCAACUUCAGAAGGCCAGGAGAUCGCCAACAGCCUUGGUGCUGACAGCUGUCUUUUUGUUCCAACUGAUAUCACAAGUACAGAAGAUGUCCAGAAUGCCCUUUCUGUAGCCAAGAGUAAAUAUGGUCGUCUAGAUGCAGUUGUGAAUUGUGCUGGUGUCGGUGUUGCCUACAAAACAUACAACUUCAAGAAAGAACUUCCUCACAGUUUUGAUGAUUUCAAACGAGUUCUGUUUGUAAAUACAGCAGGUACUUUCAACGUGAUUCGUUUAGCCGUUGGUCUGAUUGGAAAGAACGAACCAGAUCAUGAUGGUCAGCGAGGAAUUGUGAUAAAUACAGCGAGUGUGGCAGCUUUUGAUGGUCAGAUAGGACAAGCAGCGUAUUCUGCCAGCAAAGGUGCUAUCGCUGGGAUGACAUUGCCUAUUGCUAGAGAUCUGUCGACACAGGGGAUCCGUUGUGUGACUAUAGCACCAGGUCUGUUUGAUACUCCUCUUCUUGCAAGUUUACCAGAAAAAGUCAGGACGUUUUUAGGAAGUACAGUCCCAUUCCCAUCUCGUCUUGGCUAUCCAUCAGAAUAUGCACAGUUAGCACAGUCAAUAAUAGAAAAUCCUAUGAUAAAUGGUGAGGUGAUACGACUGGAUGGGGCUCUCAGGAUGCAGCCUUAGAUGGGAGAUUUUGCAAAUUUGUGCCAUGAAUGAUUUUCCAUGUACUUAAAUUGAAAGGAAAAGUCGGGGCAUUCGUGUAAGAGAUUGUGAGAGGAAAACUAUACCAUGCACAUUGUCAACAUGCUUGUCUCACUGGUGAUAACCUUUGUCCAAAAGUUAUACAAUGUUGUCUCCAGAAUAUUGCUAACUAUUCAUGUAUUUUAAAUGUGUUUGAAGUGCAAUGGCAGUUGUGAAAUGGAUUUGAUUAAUAAAAUCAGUAUGAUAUAAUACAUUUA